UCACCUGACCCAAAAUUUCCCAAGUGGUGUUAGGAAAAAUGGCUAGGCUCCAGCUGCUUUCAUUAUUAGUCCUCGCUCUCGUCAUUUCACAGAGUUCAUCACAAGGGGUGGCGCCGGCGCCAUCCACCGCUCCAGCUCAGCCGCCACUCAGCGCAGCGGCUCAGGCCUACCUCGAUGCUCACAACAAAGCCAGAGCUGAAGUGGGUGUUCAGCCUCUCAAGUGGAGCGCAGCUCUCGCUAAUGCCACCAGCCUUCUGGUUCGAUACCAGAGAGACAAACAAAGCUGCAACUUUGCAAAUUUAAGCAGCGGAAAGUACGGUGGCAAUCAGCUGUGGAGCAGUGGAUCAGUGGUGUCACCUCAGGCGGCUGUGGAAUCUUGGGUGGCUGAGAAGAAGUAUUACAAUUAUGCAGACAAUUCUUGCCCAGCUGACCACAAGUGUGGUGUCUAUACACAGGUUGUCUGGAAGAAGUCUCUGGAAUUGGGGUGUGCGCAAGCUUCAUGUGCAAAAGACUCUUCUACUAUAACUAUAUGUUUCUAUAAUCCUCCUGGAAAUAUUGUCGGAGAGAAACCUUAUUAGAUUAAGGCUAUGCCCUUUUCAUAUCAGUGUUAAGUUGAAUAAUUAAGGGUUUUCGAAAUGAAAUUUUACUCUGUCUAUA